AUGACCCAGGUAUGGGGGAGAAUGAGCUUCAUAUAGCUCUCAGGAGAUGUGGGAGUCUUUUGAAUACUUCUGGUGCUUUAAGUUUUACCGGUCCCGAAAGGUUUUCAGAAGCUUUUGCAACUUUUAAGGGGUGGUCAGGGUCUAUAUCGGGUCUCUGAAGUUUUUGAUCCUUAUUUCAGCACCUGGAAACUUCUUGAACUUCGUGGCCCAAGUAGAAGGUUUCUGAAAGCUUCUGAAGGCUGUUAGAGGCUUCCUGGAGCUCUCAGGGACUGUGGGAGUCUUUUGGUUCAUAGCCCUUUUUUGAAGUUUUACCGGACCGGAAUAGUUUUCUGAGGCUUCUGAAGCUUUUGAAGGUUUAUCAGAUUCUAUGACAGGUCUUUGAAGUUGCUAGGCCUUCUUUCAGCUCCUGGAAGCUUCCUGAACUUCGUAACCCAGGUGUAAGGAAGGUAGAUGAUGCUUUUUUGAAGUCUCACCGGUCUGUAACUAGUAUUAAAAAAUCUCUUCAAAGCUUUCUCGAUAGCUUGACCAACCUUGAUCCCCAUCCCUUUCAGAUCAUGUUCGAAACGUUCAACACUCCCGCCAUGUAUGUUGCCAUCCAAGCCGUCCUUUCGCUGUACGCGUCUGGAAGAACUACCGGAAUCGUCCUUGACACUGGCGACGGCGUCACCCACACUGUCCCCAUCUAUGAAGUCCUUUUCGUCUCUCAUUUCGUCAGAAUACCUUGACGUCUUCAGGGCUACGCUCUGCCGCACGCGAUUCUCCGUCUGGACCUGGCCGGCCGCGACCUCACCGACUACAUGAUGAAGAUCCUCACCGAGCGUGGCUACUCGUUCACGACUACCGCCGAACGUGAGAUCGUCCGCGACAUCAAGGAGAAGCUGUGCUACGUCGCCCUCGACUUCGAGCAGGAGAUGGCGACGGCGGCGUCGUCGUCGUCGUUGGAGAAGAGCUACGAGUUGCCUGAUGGACAGGUGCCGGAUCAUGUUGAGUUUGGCAAGGAGCAUGAGCUUGUAGGUGAUCACCAUCGGAAAUGAGAGAUUCCGAUGCCCCGAGGCGCUCUUCCAGCCCUCGUUUUUGGGAAUGGAGUCGACUGGUAUCCAUGAGACGACCUACAACUCGAUCAUGAAGUGUGAUGUGGAUAUUCGAAAGGUUAUUUUUUUUUUUACCUUUUUUGAGGGAGUCGAAUCAGUUUACAAGUUUACAAAGACUAUAGGAGCUACGUGAAUUUUGGGAAUUUCCUGAAAAUUUUUUUUAAUAGCUUUCGAAGGAUGUACUGAAUUCGAAAUAUCUGAAUUUUUUUGGGAAUUUUUUUGUCCUUCAGGACCUCUACGCCAACACUGUCCUCUCCGGCGGUACCUCGAUGUUCCCUGGCAUUGCUGACCGUAUGCAGAAGGAGAUCACUGCUCUUGCUCCUAGGUGGGAAGUUGGACUGAAAUAGGGACUUUUAGCCCUAAAAAUCAACGGAAGUCAUCAAUUUUCAGACGGAUUUGACUUUUCUUUGCAUUCCUUUCUUGCUAAGAAACACUUUUGAACGAAUUUUUGAAGACUUUAGAAGACCUAAGCUCUGAGAAAAAAUUCCCAAUGCCUCAGAUCGGCUUUGAAGCUUUAUCUGAACCCGAGCCUAUUUUUCCUCGGAAAUCAGAAAGUUGCUGAGGCUUCCAAUAUAGACUAUUAUUCCAGCACGAUGAAGAUCAAGAUUAUCGCUCCGCCAGAGCGCAAAUACUCGGUCUGGAUCGGCGGCUCGAUUUUGGCCUCCCUGUCGACGUUCCAGCAGAUGUGGAUCUCGAAGCAGGAGUACGACGAAUCCGGCCCCUCGAUCGUCCACCGCAAAUGCUUCUAA